UGCCAGCUCCGAUCCAGCGCCAGGGUGGGGGACUAGCUGGCUCAGGAGGUGGGAAUGGGUUACGGGGGUGUCCCCUCUAUGGGGCGUUGGUCCAGGAAUCUCCUAACCCCUCAUUUCUAUUGUCUAGGGUUUCCAGGGGGACGUCCACAUACCCCACCCCUAGAUCCAUCUCUGUGUGUCCAUCCAUCCACCUACCCUAUCCCUAGAUCCAUCUCUGUCUGUCCGUCUGUCCUUCUACCCCACUGCACAAUAUUCAGCCCUAUCUGUCCAUAUACCCCACCCCUAGAUCCAUCUCUGUCUGUCCAUCGAUCCACAUACCCCACCCCUAGAUCCAUCUCUGUCUGUCCAUCCAUCCACCUACCUUAUCUCUAGAUCCAUCUCUGUCUACCCAUUCAGCCCAACCCCUACAUUUCAUCUGUCUGUUUAUCUAUGUACCCAUCCAUCCCACCCCAAAAAAAUAUCUAUCUAUCUAUCUAUGCAUCCAUCAACAUAGAUCUAGGGGUGCAGGAUGUGUGCAUGGAUGCAUAGAUAGAUGUGGAUAUGUCACAUCAGGUCAAUGAGAAGUAUUCUGUUUCCAUAAAACAAAUAUUUCAUUUAGUAUUGACUCCUCUUCAUAAUAUCAAAUCAAACUAGUCUGGAAAUGCAAAAUCAAAUCAUUCCCUAUUGACCCUAUCCAAAACGCUUUCUCUGCCCCAGUUUUAAAUCAAGUGUCACCCUGUCGAGGAGACGGCAUUUCCCAAGAGGAAAACGUUCCGUCAGGACAAAUUCUGACCCCUCCAGUUUGAAGCACAAAUUCUAUAAAGUGGAGGCCUGUGUUUGUGGUGUAUUUAAAAGGGUUAAAAUGACGAGCUGCCACUUUAAUUUGUAAGGGGGUUUCCUGGUCCUUGUGAGGGGGAAGCCGUUCCGUACCCCUCAUUGUUUUGGUUGCCCUUCUCUGUACCUUUUGCAAUUCUAAUGUAUCUUUACUUGAUAUGAGGUGACCAAAACUGCACGCAGGGUCCAAGGUGCGGGCGUACCAUGGAUUUAUAUAGAGGCAAUAGGAUAUUUUCUGUCUUUUUCUCUCUCCCUUUCCUAAUGGAUGCUCACAGUCUGGUGACUUUUUUCACUGACGCUGCACAGUGAGUGGAUGUUUGCAGAGAACUAUCCACAACGACUCCAAGAUCUCUCUUGAGUGGUUACAGCUAAUUGAGACCCCAUCAGUUUGUAUGUACAGUUGGGAUUCUGUUUUCCAAUGUGCAUGACUUUGCAUUUUCCACCCUUGAGUUUCAUCAGCCAUUUUGUCGCCCAGUCACUGAGUUUAGUGAGAUCCCUUUGUAAUUCCUCGCAGUCUGCUUUGGACAUAGCAGUGUUGAUGUUGGGUCUCUGUUGGGGUGGAAGUGAAAGCCCUGUGCAGUGUGUUAUGGAGAGUGUUGUGAGCAAUGGCAAGGUGGACAGGAACGCACAAUUGUUUCCCCUUAGCUUCUUCUCUCCAUGCUGCUAAGGCUUUGGGCAGCUGGGGCUUGUCUUGUUACCACUCGUUGUCGUUUUGCUUUGAUGCUAUCAUGUUUAUUGCCCUAGUUCACGAAAGUCUCACAGUGCUUCAGAGCCCCGCUGUCCUUCGAGCGUCCCCCGGCGAGACCGUGAACCUCAGCUGCUCCUUCGACAACAGACAGGGCAGUGUGUUCAAAGCGACGUGGACCAUAGCACCCGGAGUCGUGCUGGAAUCUCACCAUCCCUUCUACAGCGGACGGCUCAAUGUGUCCGACCUGGAUCUGCUCCAGAGAGGGGAGGUUACGCUGACCCUGUCGGAGCUGGAGCAGCGGGACUCUGGUCUCUAUCAGUGCCACAUCAGCAUCCGCCAGGGAGAGAGCGGGACAGGAGCGGGCACCGAGCUGCAGGUGAUGGGGAGAAACCAGAGUGACACAGGUAAAGAACCUGCCCCCGUAGGGUGCGGCGACCGGGAGCUCCUGUACCAGGUCGCCAUCGCCCUGGGACUCCUUCUCAUCCUCGGCCUGGCGGCCACCCUCCUCCUCAAGAGACGCCGAGCGCCGCCCCCCUCGCAGCCCCACCAGCGGCAGCCGAAGGGCCACGGCAGCCGGGGGGCCGAGGAGAGCGAGAGCCUGCACUACGCAGAGAUUAAAAUCCAGACUCCAGGACGCAGGGAACACACCUCAAACCACGCCCAGCGGCGCUGAGUCCCUCCACACCCAGCACCACCUGAGUCCCUCACACUCAGAGCCACGCUGCCAGGAGGGAAUUCCCCACAGGAGGAGACCCUCACAGGGUUUGAGGGAGAGCAGAAGAAAAUUAUGGAUGUGAAGGUCCCUGUGAACCCCAACAAAACCCAACUAGCCCUGUCUACGACAGGGAAUAAUCGACUAGGGCAUGGAUCUACCCUCAGGAAAUGCCUUCUCCGGGGCCUCCUGGAUAUAACUAUAUCACGUCCCUGUGUGUUAUUUCCCUGUCCUCUCUGGAGUGAUUGCAACGCCUCCCUGUGGAGCGUGCCCAGCUGGGGGUAAUUAACGCAGCGUCUGGUCCCUCUUCCUAACUGAGCACGAAGAGAAACGCUCGCCCAGCUCAGCAUGGUGUGGGCGGUGGAACUGGUCUGAAUGACCAGCGUGACUGCUCCAGCCAGCUGGAAUUGCUCAAAGAAAGUGAUUUUUUUUGGUUUAAAAUUAAACCAAAUUGAUGUGAAAAA